UUUGUCAUAAAAACAAGCAUAUUCUUGUAAUUCUAGAAAAUUUCAAUAAUAUUUUAUAUUUGGUACUUUAUUUUUUGAAAAUUAUGUCUGGUUAUAGGUAUCCAAAAUGUAGCAAUCCGUUUGAAGAUGAUGGCGACGUAGAUGAUGAAACGUUCUUAAGAAAUUCUAGAAGAUCAUAUAAUAACAAGGAACCUACUUUUGAAGAACAAAUGCAAUCAUAUGCGGAAAAGAAGAGAGCUAUAGAAGAAAGGACCCUCAAUAGCACUGAGAAAAGUAUAAGUAUUUUAAGAGACUCCGAACAAGUAGGUAUAGCUACUGCAGAGGAGCUUAUGAGACAAAGGGAAAAACUUGAAAAAACAGAUAAGCAAUUGGAUGAAAUUAAUUCAACUCUUAGAUUUUCCCAAAAACAUAUAAAUGGAAUUAAAUCGGUAUUUAGUAGUCUUAAAAAUUAUAUGGCUGGUAGAAGCGAUUCCCCCAAUUCUACAACUUCAAGUUCAACUCCAAGUACUGUUAAGCAAUCCACAUCGAAUCAAAAUCUAGAAGAAAAUAUUUCCACCUACGACCGUUAUGAAAAUCAUCCAGCAACAAGGCUACGAAAUAAUGAUUACAGCAGCUACAAUCAAAUAUCUUCUGGAGGUAGUAAAGAUUUUAGCGCCAAAUUAGAUGCUAAUUUGCAAGAAAUGUGUUCUAAUAUAAGUCGUCUUAAAGGUUUAGCAUCUGAAUUAGGUAAUGAAAUAGAUUCUCAGAAUGAUUUGAUUUCAAAUAUAACAGAUAAAGCUGAAUUAGCCGAUAUUACAAUCACCAAACAAAAUAAACAGAUAGCUCGGAUUCUAAAGAAAUAAAAUUCUGUUAUUUGAAUUGAUAGUUUCAACAAAUGGGUCUAAUUAUGAUAUUAAAUAUGGUAAUAAUAUA